AUGUUCUGUGUCUUACAAAGCAUCCAAGUCCAUCUCCAGAAAUCGUUGUGUUACCUACGAUAUUCCAGGGAAAUAAUAGAGUGGGGUAACACACCUGGUGUUGUGUCCACAGAGAGGUGGGUGGUGUCUCGGCCGCUGGUGCAGAGUCUCAAGUCAGGGAGCGGGCGAGGGUCAGUCUCUAGGAACAUAGCAUGCCCAACUUGCCACAAGACAUACUCCUCACAGCACACCCUAAGGCGCCACAUGAGGCUUGAGUGUGGCAAGGAGCCACAAUUCCACUGCCCUUACUGUCCUCGCAAGACAAAGCAGCGCUACAAUCUCAUGCUUCACAUUGCCAGGGCCCAUAAGCCUGAGCAUCACCUGCAGUCACCUUGGACCUAG